CAACACAGUACAGUACACACUAGUACUGUGGUAGUGGCAGCAGCCAACACAAGUGGGUCCAGUCUCUCCUCGUAGCUCUGUACAAACUAGCCAUUUAUCAUCAAUCAUGGCCGCCGGAGUACAAAUUUAACUCCCGUGUUUCCUCCCUGUCGUCUGGAGGGGAGGAUUUUUGGUUUGAGGAGACACAAUAAUAGUCCUCCACUGAUUUUUGGAUUUCCUCUUGGAAUGACAAUACAUCUCGCAAGGGAAAUACCAUUCAUGUCAAUAAUACUCCAAAAUGCAGCCGCCGCCGAGGAAGGUCAAAGUGACACAGGAGCUGAAGAACACACAUGCAGAGCAGAUGACAAGACUGCACUUUAAACACCAGACUGAAUGUGACCUGCUGGAAGACAUGAGGACCUACAGUCUGAAGAAGGGACAGCUGGAGAGGGACUAUGCACAGGUAAGGAUGGCUGGACUCUUGCUGAAUAUGUCUAAACUGGGUCUUUUUCAGUCAAGAAUUAGUUUACAGAAAGCAAGUGUAAAGUUGAAAGCCAAGAGAAGUGACUGUAACUCCAAGGCAACACACGCAAGGAACGACUACUUGCUAACGCUAGCUGCUGCCAAUGUUCACCAUGACCGUUACUAUCAUACUGAUCUACUGCACUGCAUACAGGUCUUGGACGGCAGGAUCUAUGAGCACGUGAAAGACUACCUGGUUGAGCUGAGUCGUACCGAGCUAGAGGCAUCGCAAGCCUCUCACAACACCUUCCAGUUCCUGUUGGACAAAUCCACCAGGGUAAUACAAGAAUACAACCAGCAGUUGUUCAUGCAGGAGAACCCAGUGUUUCACAAAGCAAACGACUUCCAGUUCCAGCCCAGCGAUUGUGACACGACUCUGAGCUCGGUGCCGCAGUUGGUGGACAUUGAGCCGUCGCCCGUCAGUGCCAUGAGAAUGACCCUGGCACAGAGUCGACAGCUGGAGUCGGAGACGGGGACGACGGAGGAGCACAGUCUGAACAAAGAGGCCAGGAGAUGGGCAACCAGAAUCGCCAGAGAACACAAGAACAUCAUACAUUACAAGAGAUGUCUGGAGGAGUGUGAGAACCAUGGCUUGCCCCCCACAGAGCAGGGGAGACUAGAUCUGGAGUUGAAGAUAGACGACACCAAAGAAAACAUACGCAAAGCUGAGACAAUAAAGUUAAAAGCUGAGGCUCGGUUGGACCUUCUGCGGCAAGUGGGGGUCGCCGUGGAUACCUGGCUGAAGAGCGCCAUGAACCAGGUGAUGGAGGAGCUGGAGAAUGAACGUUGGGCCACCUACACUUCCCACGAUCCCUCACUUUCGGGCACAGUAGAUUUGGAGCGUGAGGAGGGAGAGGAGUGUGAAGAGAACAUGGAGGUUUUUGACGACAGCAGCUCCAGUCCUUCAGGGACUCUACGAAACUACCCGCUAACCUGCAAAGUCCUGUACUCAUACAAGGCCUCUCAGCCGGAUGAGUUAACUAUUGAUGAGCAGGAGAUGUUGGAGGUCAUAGAGGAUGGCGACAUGGAGGACUGGGUCAAGGCUCGCAAUAAGACCGGUCUCAUUGGCUAUGUCCCGGAGAAAUACCUGCAGUUCCCGACCUCCAACAGUUUGCUCAGCAUGCUCCAGUCUCUGGCGACUCUCGAUGCUCGAUCCCACACCUCGUCCAAUUCCACCGAGCCAGAGCUGCACUCGGGCUGCAUCAAUGGAGACACUAACAUCAUUUUUGUCCGCGCACUUUAUGAUUAUGAUGGCCAGGCAGACGAGGAACUCUCCUUUUCGGAGGGAGCUGUGAUUCGUCUGUUGAACCGCGACACUCAGACGGACGAUGGCUUCUGGGAGGGGGAGAUCAACGGACGGGUGGGCGUCUUCCCCUCCGUGCUGGUAGAAGAUCUCACUGAGAAUGGGGAGACCAGUGGAGGAGGGCCUGGUGACAUACAGAUUUCUCCUUCUGAGAAGUUGCCAUGUUCUCUGCCACCCCUCCCGCUGUAUGAACAACCUCCCAUCAGCCCUUUCACCAGUCCAGAAAACUCCACCCCGCCGCCUCUCCCACGCUCACCUUCCACCGCACUUAACGGGGAGCACAAGCCUCCUCCGCCCUCCUCGUCACACAAAGGACCGCUGCCCAACAACAAUCAAAAAUCUGGCAAAAGUCCAGUGUCUCCAGGAUUUCCUCAGCCACUGCGAUUUACCCCUGAUGGAGGCCCAAGCAAACUACGACCUGUGCGUGCUGCUCCUCCUCCACCCAAACAGCACCCCCGCCGACCGCAAGAGAAGAGUGAGAAGACGGAGGAGGUGGAGAUCACGCUGGUGUGAUAGACAGUUAAGAUGGCUGGGAGAAAGAAAUUAAAACAGACGACAGACAGACGCAUCCUAGAGGCUGGGGAACUAAACUGCUCUGAACUGAAUUCAGCUCAAACAACACAAUGUGAAGUAAACUGAACUGAACCACAUCUGACGCCCACCCUCCAUACUUUCCACAUCUCUCAGACUCAAGUUGAGGAGGAGAGCACAGAGAUGGAUGGAGGCAGAGGGUCCAAUUGAAUAAUCUACGUAUUAGCUUCCUAAUGAAGUGCAGCUCUAGCCGCCCCCACGCGCCUCUCAACCCUCCCCUGUCCUUUCAUUCUUGCCUUAAAACUUUGCCUCAUCGGACAGCAGACCAGAGCACACUGAAGAGGAGGACGAAUGUUUAGAGACGGGGGGGUGGGAGGGAAAAGGAAUGAUAGGUUUGGCAAGUUUUUCUUUCAUCUUGUUAGGUUAACUUCAAGACAUUGUACUGGUCAUCUCUCUGUACAGGAUGAUCAUUCUGCUACAUUUGAGAAAUCUCCCAUUUUUCACUGACUGCUUACAAAUAAUAAUCAAACCUGUGAAAAGUUACAGAGCCCUGAAGUGACAACAUGUAGUAAAGGGUUAUAAACUAGUCAGACUUAGAACUGAACACAAAGUGCCAGGUUUACUUAGUUAGUUAAAAUAGAUUAUUUAAAGAAAUGUACAAGGUUAUUAAAUGUUCCUCUUAAAACAUGAAAAUUGCUUAUAUUGGAGCUAAAGAGAUCGACUGUGUGGCUACCUAGCCUAAAUGACAACACUGUUAGCAAAGCUAACCACCUUCUGUAGCUGAAGCGAUUAACCCAAAUAGUUUACUUCAUGUGUCUGUAACAUCACAGUGUACACACCCUUCUAACUGUAGCUAAAGCAUGUUAGUAAAGAAGUUGCAAUAAAGCUAGCUAGCUAAAGUAUGAAACUUUAAGAUUUGGAAUUGUAUCAGAAGUAAAGUCACAGACAGCUACAAAAUGUUGAGGAUGACAGCAUAAAAUAACAAUUAUUUCCACUGUGCUCAAUGUAGAGUAAGCUUGAUGAGAGGGAAUACCAAUAAAACUUGCCAAACGUGUCAUGAUUUGGAUUGAAGUUGGGGUUGAAGUAAAUGGACAGAGAAACUGGGUGGUGUGUGGACGCAGUGUCCCCCCCUCGCCAGCCCUUCCCUCACCAUAUAUAAUCCUUAUCAUCAUACGUAUUCAAUGUGUAUUAGUACAGUACAUUACUGUUGUCAUAGGAAUGUUAUGCACAGCGUUUCAUAUAGACUAACUGAGCUGCUGGAAUACCAUGUCUGAUAUGUAGUGGAAGUUUUAUCCUCAUUUUAUACCGAAAGGGCAUUGUAAAUACAGUAUGAAGGAGAGAUAAGAGAGUAGGAGGGGUUAAGGGGAUGAAGGAACAAGAGAGAAAAGGGAGGCUGGAUCCUCCUCUCUGCUCCACCUCUCUUCCUCUUUCCUCUAAUGUCAGUUUUGUCCAUUUGCAGUCAGUGUGAAUUGAUGGCUAUCAUAUACACACAUCAAGUUACAUUAUAUUACGCACACAUUGCUAUAUCUUUCAUUCUGUGAGCAUCAGUGGGCUUAUAUCACUGGUUGGUUUAGGAGGAGGCUGAUGAUGUGUUCGAAAGCACAGACACGUUGGCAUUCACUCCGUGUGGUGACAAAGAUAUUUUUUGAGAUGAUAUAGACACUGAUCACGUUUAGGUCAGGCGUUAUUAUUAAUCACAGAAUGAACUGUAAAGGUUUCAUCCCUACAGAUCAUACCUCCUCUCAUGUUGAUUUUGAUAACACGCAAUACAUUCACAGGUAUUAUUUGUUCUGUUGGUGUGCUACAAAGCAGCAGCAAAAACAUCCAUAACAACAAAUGGACCUUUAACAUUUCCAACUUGGUAUCAUCUUUAUUUUUGUUUGAUAAAAGGUGGUAGAAAUUGAAAAAAUACAAAUACAUUGCCCAUAAUGGACAGAACUAGCAAACGACAUUCAAAUGGAGCCAAGUACAAUUCUGUUGUGUUUUUUGUACUUAAAGUAAACAAUCUUCCCCCUUAAAUACCCUUCAAGCCUUUAAAACCCCUUGCCUAAAGGGCAGCGUAGCACUUUUAUUUAUUUGUACCUUCCCUGGACAGUAGCAGUAUCUUAAAACAGUAUCAGCAUGAAUGGAAAGACUCUGAUGAAUCACUGCAGUUUAAUACAGAAAUCAGAGUACUUCUCUUCAUUCUGAUUCUGUGGCGAAUCCUUUUUAUUUCAGUGUGACUGACGACUCUUUUAUAUAUAUAUUCUCCACUCUUCCAAAGAGACAGAGAGAAUAUUGUGGAAAAUGUAAUUUGGUGUUUUUCUAAACUUAGAAGAAAAAAACGACAUGAUCAUAGAAAGUGAUGUUUGAUACUUUGAGAGAAUGUGGUUUUAUGGACUUAAAGAGGACCCAUUUGCGUGUGCUUGUUGAAGAGGAGAGCAUCGGAUCUGUGUUUGACUCUGAAGAUGUGUUCCAGUUCCUUCCUCCAUAUUUAUUAUACACUCGCGGUUUGAUAGAGCGUUCACAUUGAAUACAUCAGAUUAAUAAUGACAGAAUGGACUUUACGUUUGCUUGCUUUUCCAGCGUGGUGUUAAUGUACAAUAUUGCUACAUAUUGCAACACAUUAUUAAAGGGACCUCCUCACAGCUGGAAACAAUUAGAUAUAGUUGUACCCUGUACAGCUCCAGAAAGAUGUCAAAACAAAAAAGGACAGUAUUCAAUCUCUGGUACUUUCUGAUCUGUGCUCAAUCUGAUUGGUUCCCAUUUGCAAAGUGGAAUUAUGUUGGAUUGAGAAAGCUGAUGCCAGAAAUCAAGACAGAACUAGAAACAACAUUUUCUGCAGCAUCCACACCUCACAAGGUUAAGCUUUCUGGAAUAAGUUAGUGCUCCACUGAUGUUGUAGGAACUGGCUUCGACUCGUGACUGUGGUCAAGCUUCUCCUUCAGCUCUCAUUUAAAAUAGUUUUCUAACUUUGUUUGAAAUGUUUGGUUUACGGCAGAACUUCACACAAUAAAAGCUCAAUCAGUCUUUCUAUCAAAUACAAAAUGUAUGACUUCCGUUGCCAGUUACCCCUUUGAUCAGGAUGAUGUUCCCUUUUUGACAGUCCCUUUGGUCCACUACAGUGUUGAGUUAUUUGUUAUGAGCCUGUUUUUGUUUUUUAUGUAUUAUAUAAUUAUUUUAUGUUUCAUCCUUCGAUUUGGCGCAGCUGCACAGCUGCUGUUUUAAACGACGUGGUGGAGCAACUGGCCUUCUCUCUUCAGACUGUUGCCAUGGUGACAAUAAUAUGCAGGUGCAAAAGUCUUUCUGCAUAUUAUUAUUGGCUGUACAAAAAAAUAAAGUUUGUAUUUAUUGUGUACAAAUGUUAAUUAAUAAAAAAAUAUUGAAAGUUG